AUGGAGUCCAUGUUCACAAAGGAGCAUAGCUGGUCGAUAAUAUCCUCGUUCUUCGAGCAGAAAGGGCUUGUUAGACAGCAGCUAGAUUCCUUUGAUCAGUUCGUUAAGACAAAGAUGCAGGAAGUUAUUGAUGAGAGCCCUGCAAUAAUUGUUCAGUCUGCACCCACGGCAGGGACAGAAACCCAAAAGAGGAUAACUGUUAGAUUUGGGCAAAUAUAUGUUUCAAAGCCACCCAUUUAUACUGAAUCCGAUGGGAGAACAAUCACUGUGUUUCCCAACGAGGCACGUACGAGGGACCUAACCUAUGCAUCUCCACUAUUUAUCGAUGUCAUAAAGGAGACAGUAUCUGAGCUAGGCGUUGUUGACAAGCACAAGUACUCAAGGGUACCUUUUGGGUCGCUGCCUGUGAUGUUGAGAUCUUCGUACUGUGUUCUCCAUGGAUUGGGAGACAAAGAUCUUAUUGACCUUGGAGAAUGCCCAUAUGACCAGGGAGGAUACUUCAUUGUAAAUGGAUCUGAGAAGGUUAUUGUGGCCCAAGAACGAAUGGCUAGCAACACUGUUUAUGUGUUCAAGAAGGCACAGCCUGCAACGUAUACACACUAUGCGGAAAUCCGUUCUGUUCCUGAAAAGAGCUCUAGAAAUCCAAGUACCUUAUCUAUGAAGCUAUGUAGAUCACCUGUGGCAAUAAGGGUUUCGCUUCCAUUGGUCAAGCAAGAUGUUCCUCUCUUUGUCUUGUAUAGAGCGCUAGGGUUCUUGUCUGACAAAGAGAUUAUUGAUCAUAUUCUCUAUGAAGAUGACGACGAGAUGUUUGAGCUUCUGAAGGAAAGCAUUGAGGAGGGGAUGGUUGUGCAGGAUCAAAAUGUGGCGUUGGACUAUAUAGGGAAGAGGACUGCGCCUGUGGGGACACCUCAGGAAAAAAGAAUAAUGAUGGCAAAGGAUCUUCUAGCAAAGGAGGUUCUUCCCCACAUUGGAACACAGGAAUUCUGUGAAACCAAGAAGGCAUAUUUUAUUGGAUACAUUGUUCAAAGACUACUGCUUGUGGCAUUGGGGAGAAGGAAUCCUGACGACAGAGACCAUUACGGAAAAAAGAGAAUGGACCUGAGCGGACCAUUGCUUGCAUCUCUAUUCAGGACUCUAUUUAAAAAGCUGUGUGCAGAUACAACAAGACACAUGCAGAAGUGUAUAGAGAAUGGGCGAGAGUUUAAUAUAGCCCUUGGGCUGAAAGCAAGCAUAAUUACACAGGGAUUUCGAUAUGCCUUAGCAACGGGAAACUGGGGAGACCAAGCAAAGGCUAUGCAGACCAGAGCUGGAGUUGCCCAGGUCCUGAAUAGAUACAACUUUGUAUCGACGCUUAGUCAUUUGAGAAGAGUCAACACGCCAAUUGAAAAGGAAGGGAAGUUGGCGGCGCCGCGACAACUUCAUAACACGCAUUGGGGUAUGGUUUGCCCAGCUGAGACGCCGGAGGGACAAGCAUGUGGGCUUGUGAAGAACUUAUCUCUAAUGGCAUAUAUUUCUGUUGGAUCUUCCUCUGGGCCAUUGAUAGAGUUUUUGGAGGAGUGUGGAGUUGAGUCGCUUGAGGAGAUAUCUAAUUUUCAGCUCAAUACGGCAACUAAAGUUUUUGUUAACGGUGUAUGGAUUGGGAUUCACUCUGACCCUGUAUAUCUAGUAAAGUCGCUUAAGCUGUUGAGAAGAAGUCUUGAAAUGGAUAAGGAGGUUAGCAUUGUCAGAGACAUCAGAGAAAAGGAAAUCAGAAUACAAUCAGACGCUGGAAGGCCUUGCAGGCCUUUGAUGGUUGUUAAGGACAACAAGCUUGUGAUUACAGAAGAGGAUAUCGGGAGGCUAAGAAGAGGGGAAAUCAAAUGGGACAACUUGAUUGGAGAAGGGUUUAUUGAGUUUCUGGAUGUUGAGGAGGAAGAGAUGUCCAUGAUAGCGAUGAGCACAAAGGUCCUUGAUGAUGAACGCAAGAGCUCCUCUGAUGUGAAGAUAUCGUAUACACACUGUGAGAUUCAUCCCGCACUAAUACUUGGAAUCUGUGCUUCUACUAUUCCGUUUCCUGAUCAUAACCAAAGUCCCCGUAAUACUUAUCAAAGUGCUAUGGGCAAGCAAGCGAUGGGAAUCUAUGCAACGAAUUUCCUAUUAAGAAUGGACACUUUGAGUAACAUUCUGUUCUAUCCUCAGAAGCCUCUUGUGACAACAAAAAGCAUGGAGUAUCUCAGGUUCAAGGAGCUACCGUCUGGACAGAAUGCCCUGGUUGCGAUUGCAUGCUAUUCUGGAUAUAACCAGGAGGAUAGUGUUAUUAUGAACCAAAGUGCCAUUGAUAGAGGUUUGUUUAGAAGCUUUUUCUACAGAACAUACACCGAUCAAGAAUCUAUGUCAAGGCCGGGGGUCAAUGAAGAGUUUUGCAAGCCUAACCGGGGAAGUGUUCUAAGGAUGAAGAAUCUUAAUUAUAAUAAACUGGAUGAUGACGGGCUCAUAAACCCAGGGACGAGGGUCACCGGAGAUGAUGUUCUUAUUGGAAAGAUAACGCCUAUAUUGGAUCCCGAGAGGAGUACUAAGGAGACGCCUGUCUAUGUCUACAAAGAUAGCAGCACUGCAAUGCGUAGGACAGAAACGGGGAUUGUUGAUACGGUUAUUGUCACAAACAAGGAUGGUUACAAGUUCUCCAAGGUCAAGGUAAGAUCAGGAAGGAUUCCUCAGAUGGGAGACAAGUUUGCAUCCAGGCAUGCUCAAAAGGGAACUAUUGGAAUCACUUUGAGGCAAGAGGAUAUGCCGUUCACCUCUGAUGGAAUAGUUCCAGAUAUAAUUAUAAAUCCUCAUGCUAUUCCUAGUCGUAUGACCAUCGGACACUUGAUUGAGUGCCUGCUCGGUAAGGUUAGUGCAAUGAGUGGGGAGGAAGGUGAUGCAACACCAUUUAGCGGAAUGAGUGUUAACGAGAUAUCUGCAAGGCUGAAAUCUUACGGUUUUCAGCAAAGAGGGCUGGAAGUCAUGUAUAAUGGAAUGACAGGGAGGAAGCUCCGAGCCCAAAUAUUCUUUGGCCCAACGUAUUACCAGAGACUUAAGCACAUGGUUGAUGAUAAGAUACAUGCAAGAGCGCGUGGGCCUCUUCAGAUACUCACGAGGCAGCCUGUUGAAGGAAGAUCCAGGGACGGAGGGCUUCGAUUUGGAGAAAUGGAGAGAGACUGUAUAAUUUCUCACGGUGCCUCCGCCUUUCUAAAGGAAAGGUUGAUGGAUGUGAGCGAUGCAUAUUCUUGCUAUGUUUGUAAUAUUUGCGGACUUCUUGCAAUGGGGGGAAGUAAGGUGAAUGAAUGUAAAGGAUGCAGCAACACUACAAAUGUUAGUAUAGUGGAGAUUCCGUAUGCAUUCAAACUCUUGAUUCAGGAACUAAUGGGAAUGAAUAUUGCACCCAGGAUUCGCUUUGAAGAAUAA